AUGUUACACUCAGCGGUUAUUAGAACGACCACUUUGCUAUCAUUCAAAAGGAUUGUCACUUCUUUGUUCUUAAAUCGACAAUCCAUCAAUUUACACAGAACUCUUUUGAUUCCAAUUACCUUACAUAACAAAUUUUCUACCUUUAAUCCAACAAAGCAAUCAUCUCCUUCCAUAGUUAGCCCGUCAACAUCAGUAUCUAAUAAUUCCUCUAAAGGCAAUGAUAUAGCUUCAGAUAUGCCUUUGGAAAUUCUUUUGCAUACUCAUCAUCCUGAACCUGUUCGUCACGAGAUCAUCGAAUCAAAAGAACCUUUGAAAACUGCAGAUCUUGAAAAAUUAGAUGUAAAGCUUAAACUCCAUAGAAAACCUGUAACAAUUUCAGAUAAGUUUGCUUUUGCUUUGGUCAAAUCAUUGAGAGUUCCUAGUGAUUGGUUUUUCAAAAAGAAAUACAUUCAUCGUUCAGUUAUGCUGGAAACGGUUGCAGCAGUUCCUGGAAUGGUAGGUGGCUCUAUCCGUCAUCUCAAAUCACUUAGAAAGAUGAAGCAUGAUGGUGGUUGGAUUUCUCAUUUGCUUCAUGAAGCCGAAAACGAACGUAUGCACUUGAUGACAUGGAUGCGCAUUGCCCAACCUAAAAUGUGGGAACGUUUUCUGAUCACCGCUGUACAAGGAAUUUUCUAUAAUGCAUUCUUUGCAUUGUAUCUUCUUAGUCCAAGAACUGCUCAUCGUGUUGUAGGCUACCUUGAAGAAGAAGCAAUUGUUAGUUAUACUUCAUUUCUCAAAGAAAUUGAUGAAGGACAUAUUCAAAAUAUCAAAGAUGUUCCUGAUAUUGCAAUAGAUUAUUGGCAUUUAGAUCGCGAAACCGCAACUCUUCGUGAUGUAGUAUUGGCAAUUCGCGCAGACGAAGUUACACACCGUGACACGAAUCAUCAUUUUGCAGAUCGUAUUGUGCUUGGUCAUGAAGAUUUGAGAGAAGAUAUCAAACGUGUAAUUUCCAAAGAAUCUGCUCCUGAUGGUAAAUUUCGUAAGAUCGCUGGUUUCAAUGAAAAUGCUGGUGAAGCUUGGAAAUGGUCUCAAUAA